ACAUGAUGUAGCUAUGCCCAGGAGUUCAGGGCUCUUGCCCUGCCAACUUGGAAGAGGGUAGGGCUCCGCCGUUCCCAACCCAUGGGCUUUGUGGACAGCACUGCACCAGCCACACCUCUACCGCUGCAGCCGAUGUCUUCACAGCAGACAAUGUCUUUGCAGCAGCCACUCUAGAUGUAAUAAUAAUACCUACCUCAUAGGAUUAUUGUAAGGAUUGAGUAAACAUGUAUUUGAAACAGUGCCUAGCUUCACAAUCAGCAUGUUGUAAAUAUUUCCCAUUAUUUAAAUAUUAUUAUUGUACACAUUAGUAGAUUCUGAGUUUUGCCCCUUCCGUAAGAAUAGAUUCCAAGAAUUGCUUAAUCAUUGAAGCGUAAGAUUUUUAGUUUGAAUAGCUACCAAAAUAGAAUAGAAACCUAAAUGCCUACUGACAGGGAAUGGAUAAAACUAUUAGGGCAUGUAUAGUAAGAGCUGUGCAUCCAUUUAAAAAUGUUUAUGAAGAAGUUUUAAUGAUGUAAGAAAAUACAAGUGAAUAGACCAGGAUGCAAAUCUUUGUAAUGUGAUCUUAUUUAUAUGAAGAAAUAUAUUAUAAAUAGAAAGCAGACUAGAAGGAAAUAUACGGGGUUACUAGUGGAUAUCUCUAGGUUGUGGGAAUAUAACACUUGUUAUUUUCAUUUUUAUACUGUUCUAGAUUUUCUAACAUUUUUUCAAUAACCCUGUAUUGCUUUUAUAUACAGGAAAAUAAAAACCCAGCAUAUUGGUAUAGUAAAUUAAAUAAAAUUUAAUAUACAUUCCAUUUUAUGAUCUUUUUUUUUGCACUUAGCAAUACUUGUAAUUUUUAAUAAACAAAUAACUGGUAAAACCCACAAAGGUCAGAGGGAAGCUUUUAACUUAAUAUUGCUAAAUAUCAUUUUUAUUAUUGUCUUAUAUUUCUGACCUGUAGUUACUUAAAAUAUACGAAAAUAUGAAGACAAGUGACCAAAACAUGUGCCCUCAUUUCUGGUCGUUUCUUUUGGUAGCACCCUAGCAGUCAGUGACUACUCAAGAAUUGCUUUGGGUCCUAAACGGGGUCCAACUGUUACUGAAAAGGAGGUGCUGACGUGCAUCCUUUGCCAAGAAGAACAAGAGGUGAAAAUAGAAAAUAAUGCUAUGGUAUUGUCGGCCUGUGUCCAGAAAUCCACUGCCUUAACCCAGCACAGGGGAAAACCUAUAGAACUGUCAGGGGAAACCCUAGACCCACUUUUCAUGGAUCCAGACUUGGCAUAUGGAACUUACACAGGAAGCUGUGGUCAUGUAAUGCAUGCAGUGUGCUGGCAGAAGUAUUUUGAAGCUGUACAGCUGAGCUCUCAGCAGCGCAUUCAUGUUGACCUUUUUGACUUGGAAAGUGGAGAAUAUCUUUGCCCUCUUUGCAAAUCUCUGUGCAAUACGGUGAUCCCCAUUAUUCCUUUGCAACCUCAAAAGUUAAACAGUGAGAAUGCAGAUGUUCUUGCUCAACUUUUGACCCUGGCUCAAUGGAUUCAGACUGUUCUGGCCAGAAUAUCAGGUUAUAAUAUAAGACAUGCUAAAGGAGAAAACCCAAUUCCUGUUUUCUUUAAUCAAGGAACGGGAGAUUCUGCUUUUGAAUUCCAUUCCAUCCUGAAUUUUGGAGUUCAGUCUUUGGUUAAAUAUUCUAAUAGCAUCAAGGACAUGGUUAUUCUCUUUGCCACAACAAUUUAUAGAAUUGGAUUGAAAGUGCCUCCUGAUGAAACGGAUCCUCGAGUUCCCAUGCUGACCUGGAGCACCUGUGCUUUCACCACCCAGGCAAUUGAAAACCUAUUGGGAGAUGAAGGAAAACCUCUGUUCGGAGCACUUCAAAAUAGGCAGCAUAAUGGUCUGAAAGCAUUAAUGCAGUUUGCAGUUGCACAGCGGAUUACCUGUCCUCAGGUCCUGAUACAAAAACAUCUGGUUCGUCUUCUAUCAGUUGUUCUUCCUAACCUAAAAUCAGAAGAUACACCAUGCCUUCUAUCUAUAGAUCUGUUUCACGUUUUGGUGGGGGCUGUGUUAGCAUUCCCAUCCUUGUAUUGGGAUGACACUGUUGAUCUGCAGCCUUCUUCAGUUAGUUCUUCCUAUAACCACCUUUAUCUCUUCCAUUUGAUCACCAUGGCACACAUGCUUCAGAUACUACUUACAAUAGACACAGGCCUACCCCUUGCUCAGGUUCAAGAAGACAGUGAAGAGGCUCGUUCUGCAUCUUCUUUCUUUGCAGAAAUUUCUCAAUAUACAAGUGGCUGCAUUGGGUGUAGUAUUCCUGGCUGGUAUUUGUGGGUCUCACUGAAGAAUGGCAUCACCCCUUAUCUUCGCUGUGCUGCAUUGUUUUUCCACUAUUUACUUGGGGUAACUCCACCUGAAGAACUUCAUACCAAUUCUGCAGAAGGAGAGUACAGUGCACUUUGUAGCUAUCUGUCUUUACCUACAAAUUUGUUCCUGCUCUUCCAGGAAUACUGGGAUACUGUAAGGCCCUUGCUCCAGAGGUACCCUAGAAAAAGAAAUAGUUUGAUAGAACUUCCUGAUGACUAUAGCUGCCUCCUGAAUCAAGCUUCUCAUUUCAGGUGCCCACGGUCUUCAGAUGAUGAGCGAAAGCAUCCUGUCCUCUGUCUUUUCUGUGGGGCCAUACUAUGUUCUCAGAACAUUUGCUGCCAAGAAGUCGUGAAUGGCGAAGAGGUUGGAGCUUGCAUUUUUCACGCACUUCACUGUGGUGCCGGCGUCUGUAUUUUCCUAAAAAUCAGAGAAUGCAGAGUGGUCCUGGUUGAAGGUAAAGCCAGAGGCUGUGCCUAUCCAGCUCCUUACUUGGAUGAAUAUGGAGAAACAGACCCUGGCCUGAAGAGGGGCAAUCCCCUUCAUUUAUCUCGUGAGCGGUAUCGGAAGCUCCAUUUGGUAUGGCAACAACACUGCAUUAUAGAAGAGAUUGCUAGGAGCCAAGAGACUAAUCAGAUGUUAUUUGGAUUCAACUGGCAGUUACUGUAAGCUCCAACUCUGCCUCAAGAUAAUCACAAAUGAUGACAGUAAUAAAGACUGAUUGAAAAUUAUGGAAAACUUUCUGAGGGCUGGGGAAGUAUUGAGGGUCUUUUGCUCCAUGUCCAGAUUCACUUACAUCAAUAAAAUAUUCCUUAAUGGAGUAUUGCUUUCAAUUAGCAAACAUAUGCUUCAAGGGAAAAAAAGGACAUAGAUUAAUCUAUUUUGUGUUCUAGAAUGUGAAAGAAAUGCUUGUUCACCCCAAGGGUCUGAUUCUGCUAGUAUUUCCAGGAAAUGUAUUCCCCUUCAUAAUUUGUCUCAUUUCAUUUCAUCCACUUGGUAGAUGAAAUCACAUCAAACAAUUGUGGACGUUUUUAUAUGUUGGUUAACUUUUCUGCAAUUUUGGAUUUGGUAUUUUCCCCUCAGGUUCAGCUAACAUUGGAUCGCUGACAAGAUUCUAAUAAUCUGUGAUAGUCUUCCUUGCAAGACUAAGGAGAAUUGCAGAAACCAUACAAUAUACUUGAAUUGAGAAAGAUUCCAAAAAUAUAUUUUUUAUUAUUUCUCUUUUAAGGAAAUACCCUUAAUGUGCCACCUGCUGCUGUCACCACAAAUUAAACUAAAUCUCUAUAUGGACAGAGUAUGAUUUCUGCCAAUGUGGAUUUGUUAUUCAUUCCUGAUGGUAAAAAGAGCUUGCAGUUCUCACCUCUAACUACAAGUAGCUUUGUUGAGUUUUGAAAUACUACUUGACAUUUUCCAAAGGCAAAUCUCAUUCUACAAGGAGAUUGUGGCUCCAUCCUAUUUGACUCUGAGAAACCUCUUGUAAUUCUGAUGUAAACUAUUUGUAGAAUGAAGAUAAGAAAAUUCUCCCAGUAAGUGGAUCAUGACAACUGUAAUUUAGAACAGUCAGAUUUAAGCCAAUUCCAAAAUCCUCUACAUCUUUGUAAAAGACAAAUCCUUGAUGUUGUCUGUGUGCAACCUUUUCAUAAACUUUGGUUUUAUGACUAGUACAAACCACCAAAAAAAGCCAUGUGAUCAGUAAUCUGUGUCUUGUUACAACAUGCUGCAGUUGAGCUAUCUUGUUUAUAAAUAAUAGAGCUCUCCUGAAUCUGUGCAUAGACUUCUUGGUUCAUGGCUUUAGUUUUUUGUUUCAAGAAAUUGUGACAUAAAACAGCAGACAGAAGAUAAAUGGAAACCUUCCGUUUUAACUUGUGUUGUUUCUGGGGUAAUGUUAGAAGCUUGAAAGAUACAUUUAAAGACUGUAUCUUAUUUUGCCCUUGAUUACUAGUGUCUUAUAUAUGUGUGUAAAUGUUUUCCUACCUUCUUUUUGCUCAGCAAAGACAAGCAAGUAAAAAUAUAUUUGCUAAGUGAUUAGUGAUGCACAUUUGGGGCUAUAUAUAUAUUUUUUUUUUUUGGUACUUUUAUGUAACAAAAAGUGGAUUUUGCAGUAAGGGAUUGGCAUGAGCAGGUGUCAGAAUCACAAUCAGACUUCCUACUUGAAUAAUUAUAGUUCAGAAGGUAUCAGGAUAGAUAGAUACAUCUCUAGUGAACAGUUUGUAACAAUAACAGGUAAGGAUCAGGAAAUUCAGUUAUUUGUCAGAUUUGCCAGAAUGAUUAAAUAAUUUGAACAUUUGUGUUUGUUUCUUAUGUAAUUUUAUUGAGUGGAUUGUUUGGGAAAUCUGGGCUGGAAUAGGAAACAGAAGAUACUGACUUCUGCCCUAAUUGAUUGGCCCCAUUUUAGCAAAGAUAAACUGACUUUAUUUUUAGUCUUUUUUAUAUUCACUUAAUAAAUUCUGGAGUUAAGCUCUCAAAGAGGUCAGAGGGACUAUCUGGCAAUAGCCAGCCAGACCUUUACUGCCAAAGAACCCAUUUCAUCUUGCUUUCUACUGAUUGAGAUUUUUCUGAUUUUUGCACUGUAGAUGAGCAUACGUCUCAGUGCUGCCCCAAGCCCAAGGGAUUUCUCAUUAUGUUCAAAUGUCCUAUGAUUUACCUUAAUCAUUGCAAACAGUUAUGCUUAUGAAGUUUACUUACAAACAAGCAACUGAGUCACUUUAUUUCUUUAGUGUAGUAUGUGAAGGCACUGGUUCAACAGGAUGGCCCCAAAACUGUGUUUUUCUAAUGUUUGGUGAGGGGCUGGCAAGAAUUUUAAUGAUAUGGUGAAAAAUAUAUCUGUAUAAUUAAUUUAUUAUAUUGAUGUAUGGGCUGUGAGUUCACCUUUUAGUGGUCAUUUGUUGUUUCAUAACAACUAUGCAUUUUGGUUCACUGUGAUGAUCUAUAUUUAGUGACUGCAACAUGUUUAUACCACUGAUUCAAAUUCCAUCCAUGAUGAAGUUAUACAAAUAAUGCAUAUAUUGAUAACUUUUAUUGCAAAAAUGUAAAUUUAAAACUUGUAUAAUGUUCUUGUGCUUUUUAAAAUAAAAUAUCUUAUAUGUGUAUAUUUAAAAAGAAAAAAA